AUGGCCGACGUAAAGGACCCUAAGAUUGCCGAAGCUUAUGAGAAGAUCAGAACGAACAACGAUGAGACUACAUGGCUACUGUUAGAUUACGAGUCCGAUAAAUCAAACGCUCUAACACUCACAGCGACAGGUACAGGAGAUGUUGAGGAGUUAGCUCAGCAAUUCAAACCUUCAAGAGCAUCCUUCGCUUACGCAAAGGUCAAAUAUGUCAAUGAUGAACAUUCUUUCAGGGAGAAAUUCGUUUUGAUCAUUUGGAUUGGAGAAGAUGUUAAGAUUAUGAGAAGAGCAAAGGUAUCAGUUCAUCUUGCGGAUGUGAAGAACGUUCUGCGAGCAUACUCCAUUGAGGUAUCAGCAUCUACACCAGCUGAUCUUAAACAGGACGACGUUGUUACCCGCCUACGACGUGCAGGAGGGGCCAAUUAUGAUCGAUCAAAAUUCGACUAG